UUCGUUUCUCCUCGCAGCCAUGAGGACCACAGUGGCCGCUGUUGUCAUGGUGAUGUGCUCGAUGAUGGUGCACGCAGACGUGAAGCCACAGAGAGAUUUCUCCCUGCAGAAGUUUGCAGGGAAAUGGUACCGUGUGGGUCUGGCCUACGACUCUCCAAGUUUUGUCCCAUACAGAGACAAAAUAAAGGCCUCCAUGGGAAUCAUCACACCACUCGUGAACGGCAACGUUAACCUCACAAUGUGGGAAGUCACACCUGUAGGUUGUGUGAGUAAGCUGUACCAGUAUGAGAAGACUACCGUACCUGGACAGUUCACCUACUUCAGCACACGCCAUAACAUGGUGAAGGACAUCACAGUGGUGGAGACGAACUACACUGAAUUCGCUCUGGUUCUCAAACACAAGGUUUUCAACAGAGAGUACACGCAGGUGGCACUUUACGGUCGCACUCAAAGACUCAAACCUGACAUCAUUCAGAAGUUUAAAGCCUUUGCUUUGUCCCGGGGUUUCUCCAGAGAGUCUAUUCUGACUCCACCUCCAGUAGAAAACUGCCCACCAGCGGGAUCUGGACGUCAGGUUUCCUGAUGCUGCUCCAGCUUCUCCAGUCUAUUUUCACCCAGCAUUGACUAUGAAGUACUUUUUCCGGCAAACAUCGUCAUUCUGGCUACAAAGAUGAUAAAUAACAAAUAUUGCUGAUGGAAUUUGUACAUCAUCCUCUUUUAUAUAGAGCUUUACAUUAUUUUCAUAGUUCUGCUGUUUCACUGUGUUGACAUAGUUAAAUAAACAAUCUUAACCUCCA